GUUUUUUUGUCUUAUUAUUUUUGUUGUUUUUUUACUAAGUGGUUUCCAUUCCCCAAUUCGAUAUUCAAGAUUGUACUUAUACAAGAAGAUUGGUGUAAUAAAAAGAAGAAGAAAAAUAGUAUCACAAUAUCAAAGAACACAAAAUACUGAAAGUGUGCCUGCACUGAACAAAGAUAAAUAUGCCAACUACAUAAACACAAUGAAGAUAUGAUUAGUGUUGUUUCAACUUUGUUAAAUAUUUGCUAAGUCACACUUGCAAAGUGGAACCCAGUCCUCUUCUGGUCUAGAAAGCACAGUGAAAAAUCAGUUUCCAUAAUUGCUGUGUUUGAUCCCUUAUUGGAAGACUGUAAACCUAGUGUACAUAUGUAUGUGAAUUAAUUAGAGCACAGAGCAGCAACCCAUUUAUAAGGAUGCAAACAAGGUCACCUGUACAAAAGAAAAUAAUAGUUUCGGUACCGACACGUACCAGGAUGCGGACACGGUCAUACACACAAAAGCAGAUGGCAGAUCAGCCAUCAACAGAGUUGCAGCAAGUAUCUGUCGACAAGGCAUCCACUAGUAAUCGUAAUAUGCAUGAUUACUAUAGAAAGACUGUGGUUGUUGACAGUGUAGUUAACGGAAAUGAAGCCUAUGAGGCUGAAGCAAGUAAAGAGACCAAAGAUCGUUGCAAGGAACAUCUUCCAUGUUCAGCUAAGCAUGUGACUGAAACAGAUUUUGAUAAUCAUAAAAGUGUGCACAGUAUGAAAAAAUCCAUGUUGUCCAAGUGUGUUCUGUGCAAUAAAAUGACUCCCUCAUCUUCUAAAAAGAAAACUUGUCUUGACGUUAAUACUAAUAAAAAAACGUUUCUGUGUAACAUUUGUGCAACCAGCAAUGAAAGUGUAAGUAGAGAGUUCGCACAACUGGAAUCACCUUCUGGAAAAUGCAAAACAGAAUGUAAUGAGGAUAUAAAUUGUACGAUUUGCAACAAAUAUUUUAACAACCAAAACGAUCUGCAUGCUCACAGCAGCAGAUCUAAAAAGUGCAACACUUGCUCAGAGUUUUUUUGCACAGUUUUGGACUUGAAACGUCAUAAAAGGAAACAUGACAUAAAAUACUCUUGUUCAUAUUGCACUAAGACAACACCAUACCUGAGAAAUUACACGGAACAUGUGGAUAGACAUAUUAGAAAAGGCAUAACUGUCGCAUACGAAUGUGCACACUGUUCAGAAUCCUUUGAUGGUUCAGAACUACUAAGAAUUCACAACCAGACUCAUAAAACAAAACAUAUUCCGACCAUCCCUUGCCCGUGGAAACAUUGUAACAAGAAAUUCACAUGCCAGAGUAGACUUAACCAGCAUGUUAAAAGACACAAUGGAGAAAAGGUUUAUCUUUGUAGCAGGUGUGGAAUGUUGCUGACCGACUGUAUACUGUACAAGAAACACAGAAGCACGUGUCGACAGCGUUUUAUCAAACUUGCAUGCAAGUUGUGCGGUAAAGAAUGUGGUGGUUAUUCAGCAUUGAAAACACACACCCGCACACACACAGGAGAGAAACCAUUUCAGUGUGAUACCUGUGGUAUGCGUUUCAAAAUCAAUCACCACUUGAAGCGCCACAAACAGAUUCAUUUAAGAAAGGAUGCAAAACCAGUCUUUCAGAAUUGUGGCACACAGACACCCGUGAAAGUUAAAGUGGAGAAAACAUCACAAGAUCUGAUUAAGACUGAAUCUGCAGAACAGACACUUGAUGUAGCUAACUUGGUACACACUAAUGGCUAUGAUGAUGUUGACAAUGAUGGUGAUAAUGAUGGUGAUAGCUCCACUUACACUUUUAUUAAUGUGAAGAGAGAACCAGUGGUAUAUUAUGUUAGUGAGAAUAAUGUGUCCCUUUUGGCUGGAGAAGUCAUGCAUGUAGUAGCUGGUUCACAAACUCUAGAAGGUACCAGUAUGCUGGGAGCAGAAAUAGCACAAGAAGUUGUACUAAAUUCUUUUGAAGUUGUCCAUAAUUAAUCAAUCAUUAAUGUUAUAGUACAUGUAGCAUAUGUCUUUGUUCACCGAGAGACAUUUCAGGUUGAAAAUGUAAAAUUUGAAAGUAGAUGUUUAGUCUUACUUGUGUAUUGUAGUAAACAAAUGGUUUACAAAA